UUUAAUGUGCUUUAAUGUCAGUGAUCAGUGUGAAUUGUAACGCACAUUUGUUUUAUUAUUUGUUAAAGGGAUGGUAUAUAUUAUUAUUUUGAACAUGUAAUUGAAGGACUCGUUUCUUCAAUGGCAUUUUCCCGGACUAAAUUCCAAAUUUUCAGUCUGCUCGUAUCAAACAAGAAUAAAUAUAACCUCUUCUUGCGACAACAAGCAUGGCAUUGCGCCAGUGCCAGGCCUGUCUUGUGCUCGAAAAAAAAUAUUAACGAGGAUAAUUAUGACGACAAUAAAGAAUCGUCCACGGCCACAUCAAAGACUUCCGAACGUUAUGGAAAAAGAAAAAAAAUGCGCUUCCUGAAUUUCCGAAAAACACCUUCGACGAAGGAGCGGUCAAGGAUUAUUAAUUACAAGGCGCAAAACCAUCCGGAACGAAAGUUGACGUUUUGGGAAUACGUGUUUGGUCCUAAAAAAUCCUUAUCAAAUCCUUGUCGGGUAGUUUAUCGUCAGAGACAAACGCGUCGCAAGGAGAAUCCACGAUUAUGCGAUUCGCGUCAUCAGGCGACGACUGGAAACAUAAUCUACAUCGAACCAGUUAAAUCUUCGAGGAAUUCGAAAAAUUUAAAAUCGCAGUCAUCACCAAUGUACAAAGUGCCUAGAGCUGUAUUAUUGAAUAGGAUGAUACUAGAUGGUUUCGACGAGAAUAUUAAUAAAUGCAAAGGUAAAACGAUAACGUUUACAAUGACCAGAAGACCGUACGAUGAAAUGAAACCACCUUCGAAUUUAAGAAAAAUCGUCGAACUUCGAAGAGACGUCAAAUUGGAAGAUAAUGAGAAAUCGAUGCCUCAAAUAUCGACACAGAUAAGCGCGGAUGAAGCUUGCGAUUCGAUGGCAAAAAUAUCAGCAAUGAAACAAGAAAAACCGCGAAGACUCUCGAGAAUUGAACAAUUAGAAACUUUGGUGAAUGAGAAAAAGUUUAAACGCGCAUCACGAAUAAACCCGGAUUCUGAAAAAUCCAACAAAUAAUAUAAUUAAUUAUUCAAUAAUUAAUUAGAUGAAUUUUUUUCUCUUUUACGGCAUAUUUAAAUUAUUUCUUAAUGUUUUUUAAAACCAGAGAUUGUAAUAAGCAAUAGCAGCAUAUAGCAGAAGUUCUCAAGCAAGAGAGCAAAUCAGCUAUUCGUAGUGGCAUUGAUAUUCUUCAACACUAUCACCUUAAUCAUCGCAAGUGUCGUUCUGCUGAUGCGUUCUCUCGAAGUAGUAUAAUAUAAUUCUCUCUGUAAGUAUAAUAUAAUUGGCUUUACAUAGAAUAUAUAAUGCAGGAAGA